AUGGAGAAGUUAUUCUAUAGGAUCCCGAUUUCUGUGUUACGAAAUUAUGUGAAGUAUGAUUUAUUCGUCAUAGGCAAUGACAAAGAUUUGCAAGUUCUGUUCUAUUGUCAUCGUCAAUUUCUCAAUGUGAGGACCCCUGAGCUAUUGGCCAAGCUUGUAGAUGUGGGUGGAGUACCUGAUGGUGUCGAGGAUGUACUUCGUGAUGAUGAUGAUGAUGAUUUGGAGCCCGCCACGAUUGCUGAUGAUAGCGAUGAUGACACAGCGAGGACUACUCCAACUGAUAAAGAGGAGGUCAUGUUAAGCGUGAAGACUUAUAGCAUCCGCUGUGGGAUUGAGUACAAAGUGUUGGAAUCCGAUCAUCGCAAGCAAUAUGAGAAGUGUAAGGAGUUCGACAACAGAGCUGAUGCCGCCGUGUCGAUCAAGGUAUUGCAUAAUGCGACAGAGACACAUUUCGAUUUUAGACCGACGUAUAGGAGGGUUUGGUUGGCUAAGCAGAAUGUCGUGGCACAGAUUUACGGAAAUUGGGAAGUAUCAUAUAAUGAUUUGCCAUUAUGGGUACUAGGUGUGCAAAUCACGAUGUCAGGAAAUGUCGUAGGGUUAAGGACGAGUCCUAUGCGAGUUGGUGGGCAAGUGGAUGAGUCAUCAGCUUACUUCCAUCGACUUUUUUGGACAUUUUCACGGUGUAUCAAGGCCUUUCGUCAUUGCAAGCCGUUGGUUAGUGUCGAGGGGACCCACUUGUACGGCAAGUACACAAGUACACUACUCGUCGUGAUUGCUCAGGACGGCAACUCCAAUAUCAUUCCUAUUGCAUUCGCACUUGUGGAGGGUGAGAGUGCAGAAUUGUGGUCAUUCUUUCAGUCUCACCUCCGGAAGCAUGUAAUGUCUCAACUAAGUAAUCAACUCAUAUUGGGUAGGCACAACGGGAUAAAGGCUGCAUUGGAGGCUCUUGAUGGUCGUUGGCUUUCACCUAAUGUAUACUAA